AUCUCAUGCAAUUUCCUGUUUCAUUUCUGAAGAGCACUUUAUACCCUUUUUAGUUUCCAUCAUUGUACUGAAAAUUAGCUUUUCCUUUAAAUGCUUUGUUAGAAAUAAAAUUUAGUUUUAAAUGGAAUACGAGACGAGGAAUUACACAAGAAUUGUGCUCCAUGAACAAGCAAUUUAAGGGUUUCCUCGUGGGAUGGUGCGAUUUCUCCUACAUUCAAUCAAUUUGUUCUAGAUUUCUUAGUGUUUUGUAGGUUUUUAAAGGAGUGUCUUCUUCCAAAGUCCCUUGAAAAGAGUUGACGCAUUAUGGCUGGGAUGGAUGACGAUGUAUCUGCAUUUGAUGACUGGUUGCCUUCAAGUAUCAGCCCAAAAACACUUUUUUCAGACGAUUCAUCGCAAAAAACAAACGAUGGUUCUCUAUCAGAGCCAAGAAAGCCAGGAGUUGUUGUCAAUGAUAGUAACCAAGAUUGUGCGACUGGAAUCCAGGUUUCAGAAGAAUAUUCGACAGAAUUGAACACCUAUAAUGUGCCAAAAUCCAGCACUCGAGGUGCAUUGUCUAAGAGAAUUGCUGGAAGAGCUGGCUUUGGAAAUUUAACCCUUGAUACAUCACAGAUCAGGAAAACUAGCUUUGAUUCCCCAUCCACAAAUGAUCGCUCCCCUUUAAUUACCAUUCCUCCGGGUUUAAGUCCAACAAUGCUGCUCGAUUCGCCAAAUUUGGUUUCUAAUUCUCUGAUUGAGCCAUUUCGGUCUACUGACAAGAUGGACUGCAUGGUGUGUGAUAAUAUUGGAGCUGCUAUUAAUGGUGACAAUAUAGAUCAUGCCACUGAAGAUAUUGAUCCUCCAUUACCUUCCUUUAAGCUGCCUCUGUUGCCUUUUUCAUGUGCAGAAUCAACGGUACGUGCUGGAAAUAUCUAUAAAGGCUAUAUUUUCGCUUUGACAGGUCUUAUUACAGCUUCGUUUGGGACGACUUUUUUACUGCUUUUUAAAAUAGCUUUAUAGUAUAAAAAUUAAAUU